AGGUGUGUUUGAAGCAACGGCAAAGCCAACGGAUUGCAGCGGCGGGACAUCGGCUGGGCAGGACGGUGUUUCGUCGUAAGAGGCUGGGACCUCCAGGAUGCCAGGGGUGUGGAGGUUGCUACGUAUGCUGAUCUAUAUGGUGGCUGGCCUGAGGAGCGUCAGUAGCAACAGUGACAUUUGGCCGCUGGAGAGACCAGAGGGCAUGCCGGCCAUCCAGUCUUUGGAGGUAAUGUGUGGAAAAGACCACAUGGAUGUCCACCUCUCGUUCUCACAGCCUUUUGAGGGCAUUGUCUCAUCCAAAGGCCAACACGCGGAUCCACGAUGUGUCUACGUCCCACCGUCCACCGGACAAACGUUCUUUUCUUUCCGGAUAGCUUACGCGAGAUGCGGUACGAAACCGGAUAUGCACGGGCAAUUUUAUGAGAAUACCGUAGUGGUCCAGUAUGAUAAAGACCUACUAGAGGUUUGGGAUGAGGCUAAACGAUUGCGAUGCGAAUGGUUCAACGAUUACGAGAAGACCGCGUCGAAACCGCCGAUGGUUAUCGCGGAUCUCGACGUAAUACAGCUGGACUUCAGAGGUGACAAUGUGGAUUGCUGGAUGGAAAUCCAGCAUGGUAAGGGUCCGUGGGCGCCACCCGUAUCCGGAAUCGUGCCGCUUGGUUCCACUCUCACCCUGGUGGUCGCCAUAAACGAUUACCGAGGUGAAUUUGACAUGCGAGUCAAGUCGUGCGUAGCUUCAGACGGCGGCGGUCAUACAAUACAGCUCAGCGAUGAAUUUGGUUGCGUGCUAAGACCAAAGAUGAUCAGUCGAUUUUUGAAAGCGCGCGGUUCGGACGAUCGCGCGACUGUCAUUACAUACGCCUUUUUCCACGCCUUUAAAUUCCCAGACGCAUUAAGCGUUCAUAUCAAAUGCAAGGUGGAGAUAUGUCGGCAUGGUUGCUUGGAUCACUGCCAGCUGAGCGAUUCCGUAGCUCACUACAUUCAAGAGAGAAAGGAUCAGAUACGGCCGCAGUAUGUACAAAGCACAUCAGCUUCUAUGGCAUCCAGCGAUGAUAAUGACAGUGCGAAUAAAGACAACGAGAACGCGGGUGAUAACGUUGAACAGGGGGAUAGCUCUCUGUACGAUGACGUUAUCCAAAACGGUGACGAGAUGGCAUCGAUUGGAGGACACUUCCUGGACGUUGAAAAGUCGAUUCCGAAAGCGCAGGCACAAACGAGCAAUCGCUCACCGCAAUCGCCGACUGUGAGUGAAGCGCAUGAUAGCGAGAUCCAUCUUGGUGAUGUCGACUUAUCGAAGCCGUUUAUGGAACCACCGCGAGUGAACAGGUACGAGAGCGAGCAGGACCAAUUCCCGCACGGACCUCGCAAUCUCGAAGAGGAUAGCGGCACAAUGCCCGUAACACCACUCUCCGCCGGCGUCACCCGACGGAAGCGCUCAGUGAUGAUUACCGAUAGGAAGGUGCGCAGUGCUGACGUCGGGGUUAGCGGUAUCUACGAGGUCAUCUCCGAAGCGGAUCUGGCCUUCAGUCCAGACACGCAUGCCGAAGCGGUGACGGUCUUUCAGGGCAGAAUACGUGAAGAGGUCGUUUACGGGAUCUGCCUGCCGAUGCCGGGUUUCAGCGCACUCUUCAUCGUAGUUGCUCUCUCAGCGGUCGUUUCCGCUCUCGUUGCCGGCGCGAUGCUGCACCGGCUGCAGGCGCAGCGGGAGGUUGUCACCGCUGGCAACAGGGAGGACAACCAAGCCGGUGUUCACGUAAACAACAAUGGCUGGUUGCCGUAUGGUUUAUUACGCGUACGCUGCACGACGCGAUCCGUUCAUCACCCGGAGCAACUGCAGAAGCAGACGAAUGCAGCCACUUCACAGGCGCAGGCUGCAGAUCCAUCGGUCGAACGAGGUUGACGACGCCUGUAUCCGCAUCGGUAUUGAGACGCGUAGGCCAGGUGUGCGUCUGAGGAGAGACCAAAAUGUGCAAUAAUACUCUGUACAAAGUAUUACGUAAGUGCGUAAGAAACCGCGUGCGAUUGUAUAUCAAGAGAAGAACAUUUGUUUCUCUCUCGCAGGGAUACACGUAAAUAUCAAAAUAUCAGCGGAAGAAAAUAAAAAACUAUUGGUAUGUUUCAGUGUUCUCUUGCGUAUCGCGCAACGAUAUCGAGUUUUCACGAAUCGCAGUCACCGAGAACUCCGUCUCUAGAUACGCAUUAGUCUAAUACGCACGAUGCCGUAAUAAUGGCGUGCAUACAGCCAGCCGGUCGCACUGUUCUGCCGCGUCUAGAUGUUCAGAAACUUAAAAUCUAGCAAUUUUCAAGCCGCUAGGUGAAAAAUUAGAAAAGCAUUUUCAAGCUUGAAACUUGUACUUUCGCGUACCGUUGGCUGUUCUUAAAAAUUUUUUAUUUUUACAAUCCUCAGCUUGAAAGAGGAACACAUUACUUUCAAAACACUGUGUAACUUGGUAAAAGAAUUUUUCUCGCCAAAUUUAUUUCACACAAGUGUCAAAAACUACAACAAUUUACAUUUUGCUACGCUUUUAUUUGUCCGAGUUACGCGACUAUGAAACUAAACCUGCAUUUUACACGCUAAUGCUAAUUCAGUUUUGCAGGUAACAUGUUGUAGCUUUUGACACUUGUCAUAAAUUUUGCGAGAACAAUUUUUCUGCCAAGCUACAUAGAGUUAAAGGAACUAAUUACUACGUAACUUUAAGAACAAAAUGAUUCUUCUUUCGAGCCAAGAACUGUAGAAAUAAAAAAAAAUUUUUUUAACAAUUGAAAGAGCAUGUAAAAGUAUAAACUUUAAAAUGCUUCAAGCUUUAAGAUGCUUUUUUCAUUUUUUGUCUGCAACGAUUACUCGUUUCAGCAUUUCAAAAAUUGCUCGACUUGAAUGUCUGAAAAGUGUUCCCUAUUUUUCGUAGAAUGGUGUAUAUUAAGUAUUGAGUUUUCAAUUGUAUUACAUAUUACAAAGUUUUUGAUAAUUAAUUAAA